CCCCUAGGUUAAGGGCUCAGCACCACAAGCCUGUCCUCCACUUCAGACGUCAAUCGCAAGUCCAGGUGCUUCUGUCCAACUGACUAUAAAUCAGAGGUUCCCACAACCCCCUCCUUGGGUUUCACUGAUUUGCUAGAGAAGCCCAUAGAGCUCAGGAAACCAGCUUACUCACUAGGUUUCCAGUUUAUUACAGAGGCUGUAACAGGAACAGCCACAUGUAAGAGAUAUGUAGAGCACUGUAUGGGAAAGGGCUCAAAGCUUUUGUGUUCUCAGAGCCUGCCUCUCUCCUUGAACGAACAUGUUCACAAGCCCAGAAGCUCUUUGAACCCUGUCCUUUUGGGGUUUUACUGAGGCUUCACUAUAUAGGUAUGACUGAUUGAGUCACUGGCCACUGGCAAUUGAUUCAACCUCUACCUCUCUCCCCAAUCCAGAAAUCCAGGGGGUGAGACUGAAAGUUCCAGCCCUCUAAUCACAUGGUUGAUUCUCCUGGCAACCAGACCCCAUCCUUAGGUACCAUCCAAAAGUCGCUUUAUUAAUUCAACAAAAGACACCUUUAUCGUUCUUAUCACUUAAGAAAUUCCAAGAGCAUUGUGCCAGAAAUGGGGACAAACAUCAAAUAUAUACUUAUUAUAGAGUGCCCUCAGCAGUCCAGGGAUCUGUCUCUGGCUUCAACAGGGUUUUACAGAACAGACAUAGGGAUACCCCUUCUUUCCAGCUACCCUCCAACCUCUUUUCUAGUCACCACCUUCUAAACCACCUCAGCCUCCCUCAGUCACAGAGACCAGCCAGCACCGGUUUUGUUUUUUUUUUACCUUAAUUCUUCAUUGCUGAACAACCAUGAGCUCCCAAAUUCAUCAGAAUUAUCCCACCGAGGUGGAGGCUGCAGUCAACCACCUGGCCAACCUGUAUCCACAGGCCUCCUUCACCUACUCCUUGCUGGGCUUCUAUUUCUACCGUGAAGAUGCGGCUCUACAGGGCAUGGUCCCCUUCUCCCGAGAGUCAGCUGAGGAGAAGCAUGAGGGCUCUGAGUGUCUCUUAAAGCUGCAAAACCAGCGCAGUGGCCACAUUCUUCUCCAGGACGUAAUGAAGCCUUCCCAAGAUGAGUGGGGUAAAACCCAGGAUGCCAUGGAAGCAGCCUUGGCCUUGGAGAAGAACCUGAACCAGGCCCUUUUGGACAUGUAUGCUCUGGCUUCUACCCGCACAGACCCUCGCCUCUGUGACUUCCUGGAGAACCAUUUCCUGGAUGAGGAGAUGAAACCCCUCAAGAAGACAGGUGACCACCUGACUAAUAUCCAUAGGCUGGGCAGCCCCCAGGCUGGGAUGGACAAGCAUCUCUUCAAAAGGCUCACCCUCGAGCACGACUAGGAAGCCUUUGGAGCCCAAAGGCUUCUGAGGGGCCCCUCUGCAUUUCCCUGCUACUUGGCUUUUGCCUGAGCCUCACCCUGAAAUCCCACCCUAGAACC